AUGCUGUUACAGCAAUAUCAAGAACAACAACGGCAGCUACAACAACAGCAACUACAACAGUUAACUCAUCACAGUUUAGCGUUAUCUUCCAGUCCACGUGUACAACGUCGACCAGCUUCUUUUUAUUUAAGUCGAAGUAUAGAUGAAUUUAUCAAGCAUCUUAUUCCAGAACCUGGUGAAGAAGAGGGACAAGACGAUGAGAAGGAUGAAGAGGAGGAGGAAGAAGAUUAUGAAAAAGGGGAAGAAGGGUGCAAAAAAGAGAAAAAAGAACAUUUUAACAGUCAUAGGAAACGUAUUCAUGAGAAAUUAGAACAGAAAAUUUAA